GUGCCUAAAAUUGAUGAUGAUGACCCAUUCAGCCUCCCCUUGGACCCUGACCUUGAGUCUCUGUACACUGAGUGGUCAGACUGGACAGCAUGUACUCAGUCUUGUGGAGGUGGAAGAAGGCAAAGAAAACGUGGAUGCAAGAAUAAGAAAACUGUCUGUAAGGGGGAGACAAUGCCUGUGCAGUUCUGUAAUCCUGACCCGUGUCCAGUUGCUGGUGGCUGGGGGUCCUGGAUGAGCUGGAGUCCCUGCAGUGUCACAUGUGGAACUGGUGAAAACGAGCGAUAUCGCCCCUGUAACAAUCCCCUGCCUUUAUAUGGUGGCUCCUGUUCUGGUAUCAAUGUGGAGUCUCGGAGCUGUACAUUCACAAAAUGCAAGAGCCUUAGCUCUCGUUUUUUUGGUCCAUGGACACUGUGGUCGGAUUGCAGUGCUACAUGCGGUGGUGGUACAAGAACAAGGCACAGAUCCAUCUACUACGUCAGACAAAGAACAGAGAAGGUCAUCUGCAAUGCUAUUCCUUGCCAAGAAAAUGGCAUGUGGGCGGCUUGGGGCGGCUGGUCUCAGUGCAGCUUGCCGUGUGGGCUGGGAAUGACCUUUAGGGAUCGAACCUGCACCGAUCCUGCACCAGUGUAUGGUGGUGAACCUUGCGAAGGACAGGGAUCAGAAGUUCAAACCUGUUUUGGAGGUCCUUGUGUUGAUGAAGAUGACUAUGGUGUGCUGUUUCGUGGAGCUGGCUAUCUACAGUAUGCUAAACGAGGCACAACCACCGGCUUUCUUAUGGUUUUCAUGAGGGUGAAGUUGAUACAAGAAAGAGGGACCUUGUUUCACCAUACCGAUGACUGUGGUGGCUCUGGAAUCGACGACUGUGAUUUGAGCAUUAUGCUUGGUAUGGCUGGUAGAAGUGUACACCUGGCAAUUAAAACCCCCACCUUGAAGGAGCCAACGAAAAUAAUAUCUACCACUGAAGUUGAAUUGGACAAGUGGCUGGACAUUUUUGUGAUAGUGACAGUGAGCUGGGCUGGCAUGCGUUUAAAUGAUGAGGGGCAAAUCGUGCGGAGGUUUCCAGUUCGGCUGAAGGAAGGUCUCAGUUUUGAUGGUGAUUUCAUGGUUGGGGCUAACAGGUUUAAACAAGAUGGUAUUCAUGGCGUCAUUGCAGUCCUCAGGAAAAACUUUAAAGUUCUGAUCUUAUUCAACAUGAAAUCUUGGUCUGGCUAUGGAGCCCCUUCUGACAGUAACAAUGUCGAUAAAAUCCAGCUACCGCUAGAUGCUAGGCACCCUAAUUUCAAGGGCAAAUAUUAUUCUCAUAUUUUCUUUCGCAAGUCAACUUACCUGCAAGUGUUAAUCAUCUUUUACCUGACUGGCUUUAAUGGAUUGUUGUUUUUCAAUGGUGGGAUGGAAACCAACUCCUCUGUGGCUGUUACCGUGAAGGAUGGGGCCCUAGAAUUUUGUCUCAACUGUGGCGAGAAGCCACUGUGCCGUAAAGCUUAUGAAUUAAAGACAGAUCAGUGGUAUUUCCUCAAAGUGUCAGCCACUGGAAAUGAGGGGCAAAUAAGAAUGAAUGAUGGAGACGCCAUGCAGAUCAUGUGCCCUGCUGGGGAUAGAUAUGUGCCUAGAAGUUCCAUUUACGUCGGUGGUGCUGGACAGCUUGAUUGGGCAAUAAUUAAUGAACUGACUAAAAACAAUAUUUUCUUCCAAGGAAUGAUUGAUAAUUUUAUUGUGAAUGAUAAAUCUGUGACUUACAAAAUGGCAAGUCUUAUUGAUGGCGAAGGUUGGACCAACACACUUGGGUACAGCCUUGCAGACCAUGUUUCAGAAGUGUAUGAGAAUGAAAGGGCUACAACAACUUUGCGGUGUGGCGUGCCAGAGAGAACCACGCACUCUCAGCUUGUCAGAAUGGUUUGGCUUCAAGAUAUGAAACGAGUUGUAUCCAGCCCUGGCACCGAUAUCUCAGAUUCA